AUGGACAAGGAGAUAUCUUUGAUCGAUGACAUUUUGUACAACCUUGUGGCGGUGAAGCAGUUGUACGAGUUUGAGGUGGGGCAUCUGUCGACUUUUCUGAAGCUCAACCGGCAGUUUGUGGUGGAGAAGAGCUCGGAUUUGCAGGGCUCUUGUUCUGUGUUCAAGGACAGGGCAGCGCAGGAGGAGCGGUGGGUGGUGGAGAAGCUGCGGGACCUGAACGGCAGCGUGGAGAAGUUGGCGAAGGAAAUCGAGGAGCGCAAGGCGUCCAAGAAGAAACUGAUGGAGCUGUUUGAGAGUCUGCGCAAGGUAGACGAGUUUGAGCAAGCUAGUGGAGAGCCGGUGGGGGGGCUGCCUAUCAUGGAGAUCCGCGAGGACCUGGACGAGGACGGCCGGGUGGUGAGCAGCGGCAUGCAGCCGUACCAGGGGGGACAGCAGGCGGAGAGACAGGUGGAGGAGCCCAGUCAGGCCAGGAUCGAGGAUGUGACGGAGGAGGAGGAGAACAAGGAGCAGCUGGCCGAGCUGCUGGAGGAUAUGGAGCUGGGCAGCGCGCGGGUGGAGGAGGAGCCACAGGUUUCAGACUCUAACUCUGCUGCCGGUCCGGCCAUCGACCCUGAAGACCUGCUGACGCUGGAGAUGAUUGCUGAGGACUUUGACGAGGAGGAAGAUCCUGAGGACGACUACGAUGACGACGAGGACUACGACGAGGAGGAGUAUGUGACGGUUGUGCCUGACGGGGCGAGAAAUCGGUUUCUGGAGCAGAUCAGUCAGCUGCGCCAGGCAAAGCAGAAACCCAGUGCCAAGAAGAGCGUCAAGUUUGACGAGGCCGUGCAGGUGAAGGAGAUCGAAAACGUGUCCGAGGAGCUAAAGAAGAGCGAGACUGUGCGAGUGUCGCGGUUCAAGCAGCAGCGGAGGCAGGGCCGCGCGGAGCCAGAGCCUGUGGAGCCGCAGGACGAGUCUGACGACGUGAUGGGGGACGUGGUGGAGAAGGAGCCGGAAAUUAAGGAAACCAGUCUGGACUACCGCACGCUGCAGAACGACAUCGACACGAUGGCCCGGGCGUAUGCUCUGGGGAUGUAUGACGACGACAUCGAGACCCACGGCGAGGUGAUUGAGAAGCUGGAGGAUUUCGAACGACACAACCAGAUAGCAGAGACACGGGCGCCGGUGGAGGAGCCGGUGGAGGAAGAGACCGCAGAGGACAGUGUCGUUCUCGUAGACAAGGUUGUGGAGAACGACGUGGAGCCCGCGGCACAGGAGCCCGAGUUCGAGCUCGCAGACGACGUGCUCGAGUCGAACGUGGCGAUGGACUACACGCGGCUGCGCAACAAGAUGAUGCACCAGUACAACGGCGGGUUCCUUGAGAGCGACAAGGAGAAGGAGUUCGAGCCGAUCGAGCCUGUCAAGACGAGCAGGUUCAAGGCGGCGCGGCUGGCUCGUAAUAUCUAA